AUGACAGACAAACCUGCAAUUGAUCAGUUAUUCGAUGAAGUUUCACAAAUAUUUUGGAUCGUUCUGUUUUUCUACAUUAUUGUUUCGUUGAUUUGGAUUAUGUACUGUUGUUAUAUCAAUAAAAUGGAGCUGAAUCUCGUCGAAAAGAAAAUAGAAGAGAAUGGAGUAGCAAGAUCACGAGAACUACAGAGACUUCUUGACGCCUACAAGAAAAUAACUGGAGAGAAUUGUGAUCAUCAACCUGCAUCAAUCCAAGAACAAGUCUGA